AUGACGAGCAGAGGCGGUCCCUUCAGCCCUGCCCCGGCUGAUGGCUCGUACGGCGAGGAAUGGGCCCACGAUUUGCGCAUCCGAUUCGAAAGUCUCCUCCGCGACAAGCGCAUGAAUGACCUGCGCUCCAACUCCCGACACCAGACCCCCAGCGCCUUUGAACGAGCAUCCAGCGUUGGUUUAGAAGGGCCUUCCACGCCUAUGAGCGAUCGCCCAAUGUCUUCACACACACCAGUCACGCCGCCUUCCUACUCCUCCAUCAGACAUCUACCCAUCAUUCCCUCAGCACCGACUGCUGGCGACCGCGAUUCCCAGAAAUUCCGCAACCUCCUCAUCAGUCUUUCGCUUACUCCCACCAAAUACGAGAACCCCGGUCUCCUCGACGAGGCGCUCCAAAUCAUCCCGCUCGAUCGCAUCUACGGCGAGGCUGAAGAAGAAACUCAGGUCCUGCAAGCCGAGGCUGAGAGUAUGGGAGACGGCCGCAAGCCAGAAUGGGGCUAUCAGGACUGCGUCAUUCGCGCUCUUCUUCGAUGGUUCAAACGUUCCUUCUUUACUUGGGUCAACAACCCACCCUGUCCUGUCUGUCUGUCUCCAACGAUUGCCCAGGGCAUGACCGCACCCACUCCUGAAGAGAGUGCUUGCGGCGCUCUCAGAGUCGAAUUGUACCGAUGCUCCGCUCAGAAUUGUGGCACCUACGAACGAUUUCCACGAUACGGCGAUGUCUGGCGACUACUCCAAACUCGACGCGGGCGUGUCGGCGAAUGGGCUAACUGCUUCAGCAUGCUGUGCCGCGCCGUCGGCGGCCGUGUUCGCUGGGUCUGGAACGCUGAGGACCACGUCUGGACUGAGGUGUACUCGGAGCACCAACGCAGAUGGGUCCACGUCGAUGCCUGCGAAGAGGCAUGGGACAACCCACGCCUCUAUGCGGAAGGCUGGGGUAAGAAGAUGUCCUACUGUGUUGCCUUCUCCAUUGAUGGCGCCACGGAUGUCACGAGACGAUACGUUCGCAAGAAUGAGAACGCUAGCGAGCGCAACCGAUGCCCCGAAGAGGUUAUGCUGUAUAUCAUGCAAGAAAUCAAGACGAUACGCCGGCAGAACAUGAACAAGGACCAGCGGUUCCGCCUCGAAAAGGAGGACCAGAUGGAAGGCGAGGAGCUCCGCGGCUUCGUCGUUGCCUCCAUCGCCCAGGCGGUCACUGACCUUGUUCCUGGCGCCAGCUCUUCAUCCGGCGCCAGAGCCCAUGGCACUCAUGGCCAAGACACAAAGCUGCCUGCAGAGCAGCCCAGUCACCAGUCCGGACCGUCGGACUGGGUCAUGACGCAACCAGAUGCCGGCCCGCGAUACCAACCACGAGAUCCCAGCCAUCGACGUCACCUGCCAUGA